GCUGCUAAACACAUAUCUGAGUCACUGCUUCUUUUAUACGGACAGGAAUUUGUUGUGAAUUGUGAACUAGCAUUUGAAAUACCAAUUUAUAAUUGAAUGAAAUUGGAUAUAGUGAAAAAUAUAUUGCUCAAAUCAUCGAAACACUUCAUUAAAUUUAUUUUUUAAAUAUUACGUGCGGAACGAAGAAAACGCUGGCAAUGUUUACAAAUGUUACGUGAAAAGUACAACGUUAAGCAGCAGCGUGAACCGGAUUAAUAUAAUUUUUGUUGUGUAUGGUUUUAGUUUCAUUUUUAACCAGCAAACUUGUGUAGUGAACUUUGUGAACGUUCAUUAAAGUACAAAAAAUAAGGAUAAAAGGUGUAAGGAGUGCGAUCUGAUUUGAAUGUUCUUGAAGCCAUUUUCAAGAUAUUAUUUUUAUGUGGCAUUAAAAAUUCCCCUGUAUAUUGUUUGGAAAAAUCGAUUGCAUGCAAUUUGGUAUCCUUUUUGUGUAUUGCGACCCAAAGGAUUUGCUUUCCCAAGCUCAGUGUGGAGCUUUCACAUGCCAUUCCAGUGGAAAAGUUUUUGAAUGCAUUCCAUUGGAAUGUUAAUUUCGUUUUGCUGUUUGAAAGCGUGAAAAAGUCAACACUACGACAAGGGGAGAUACAUAUGUACAUCGGCUUGUUUGUUAUCAUUUGUGCCGAUACGCAAUAGAAAAACAUAAACACCCUCCCCAACACCAAACAGUGCCCCAUUAGUUAAAGUUGCCAUUCAUAUAUACUAUGUAUGUAGUUGAUUGUGUUUUUUGUGGCAUAUUGACGUUACUGUGAAUUUCUAUGUAUGUACAUUUGUGCUUGAGGUGGUUUUUAAUACAAAUAUUGGGUAAAUACUUUGCAGUUGUACGCAGCGAAAUUUCGUUCAGGACCUUGUGAAGUACGUACAUAGUUUGGGAAAACAAAACAUAAAACGCCGGAAGUUGGAAGUGUACUAAGAUGAUAGUAAUUUCCGGUGUGGAAUCGUACUCUUUAAAUGGAUCCGUUGAGUUAACAACCGUAUUGGGUGCGCUUUUUGGCGUCGUCGCUUUGAUGUUUUUGUUCUUUCUUUAUGUACAUCGCAAAUGGUGCUUUCAUGCUCGUCACGGUCUACAUUGUUGCGAUGAGAAGAUAAUUGCAUCAAAAUAUUCGCAAAAGAUGUCACGUAAACGUCGCUAUGAUAAUACCAGUUCUGAUUCCGAGGAGGAUAUAUUGCGCCGCUUACGCUUGCAACAGUCACGCAAUCUUUCAGCAAAUGGCCACUUCAACAGCUACGGUGUCCAUCAGCAGCAGCAGUCUUCGUAUCAGCCACCGUCACCGCCAAAUCCGCAACAGAGCUUCAAUUAUACACCGACUGAAUUGCAACGCGUUACGAUAACGCCACGCUUCGAUUCGUCCCGCGAUCCCUUGGCCAUAGCGGAACGCGGCAAAGUUGGUAUUCCGUCCUCGCAUAGUGAGUGCAGUUCAAAUGAUUCCGAGAAAGCAUCCGUUGACAGUCAUACGGGCAUAUUGACCGGCGAUAGGAAAGAGCGCUUUCCGAGCAAUGGUGGUACGAAUAAAUCGAGCGAGUGCAGCGCUUCAUCUUCCCUGAAGGAGUCGCGUAUUGACAAUCGGGCUGAUUUGUUAAAGUCCAGCAGUAAUAGCAGUAGCAGCAGAUAUCAGAAGAUCUCGACGUCGUCUGUGCGUCAAGACAGUUUAGAUGAUGUGCCUGAUUUGCAUAGCAAUAAUAAUAAUAACAAUAAUAACAACACCAGUAAUAAUAAUAAUGAAGACGAGCCACUCUUCGAUACCAGCGAUUUGCGUUCCAUCAAAUCGGACGAUACUUCCGUGCAGAACCAAUUCUAUGGUAAAAGUGGUAGUAUCGAGAUUUCAUUGCUGUACGAUGCACCGAUGCGCAAAAUGACAGUGCACGUGAUGCAAGCCCGAGGCCUACCCACUUUGGGCAAUGGACAGACGACGCAUACGCAGGUCCGCCUUCUUAUGUUGCCAAAUAAGAAGCAAAAGCAUAAGACUAAAAUUCGUUCGGGCGAAAAUCCUCAAUAUAUGGAAAGUUUUCUGCUGCAUCGUGUUAACCCAGAAGAAGUUAACAAUAUGGGUCUGCGCGUACGAAUAUACGGUUGCGAACGUUUACGCAAAGAACGUCUCAUCGGAGAGGCGUACGUUAGUUUUGCCACAAUAGAUUUGGAAUUGGAGACAAAUCUCUGGCUACCGUUGGAGCCACGAAGCACAUCUUCUGUUUUGGGUUCCAAUAGUGAUUUGUUAAGUCUGGCGAGAUCAGACAGCGCCGGUUCGACCACCUCGAUGCAACAUGGUGGCGUGCCAGAAUUGCUCUUAGGUUUAGGUUAUAACGGUGUUACGGGGCGUUUAUCAGUGGAAAUUGUCAAGGGUAGUCAUUUUCGUAGUUUAUCAAUGAAUAAGGCGCCCGACACUUAUGUUAAGCUAUGUUUAGUUAGUAGUAUAGGUCAGGAGAUAUCGCGAGCGAAAACAUCAACGAGACGCGGCCAACCACAUCCGCUAUUUAAGGAGACCUUCGUCUUUCAAGUGGCACUUUUCCAGUUGAACGAUGUGACGCUGAUGGUUUCCGUUUAUGCCAAACGUAAUAUGAAAAAGAAUGAAAUGGUCGGUUGGUUUAGUUUAGGAUUAAACUCAUCCGGACCGGAGGAAGUGGCGCAUUGGGCGGAUGUACGCGAUUUGGCAAAAGGUGAAUUAUUGGCGCGAUGGCAUGUGCUGGUGGACUCCUGA